GAGCUGGAAAAGGGUUGAGAUCUCAGUCGCAAAGCCUCAGAGUUCAGAGAGAGAGACUGUGUUCAGAACAGGGGUAGACUGAGACAUGGGCCAGGGGUGGCUGUGCGUUGUCAUGGUGACGGUGCUGGUACCAUGCGUGUCAGGAGUCAGAGGGGGCCGUGGGCGCAGGCCGCCGAAGGAGGACCCCCUGGACAAAAUCACCCCUGUGAAGGACCUCAACCUGGCACAGCUGAGUGGAAAAUGGUUCCUCAUAAGUGUUGCAUCAAGGUGCCAGUACCUCAGAGACAACAAUUUCCGGGUCGAGAGCACCACAGUGACCCUAACUGCCCCCGCCUACCCCUCCUCCCCUCUGACUGUCAGCACUCUCAGGAAGCUGAAUCUGCAGUGCUGGGACAUCAGGCAGCAAUACCGGCCCACUCGCACCAGCGGACGCUUCCUGCUGAGAGGUAACAGACCAGCGAACGACAUCCACAUUGUCGUGGGAGAGACGGACUACAUCUCCUACGUCAUCCUCUACUACCAGAAGCAGAGGAAUAUCUCCAUGAAGCUAUACGGGAGGGCUGAAAAGCUCCCGGACGACAUCCUGGACAAGUUCGAGCAGCUUGCGGAGAAGCAGGGCUUCAGCAUCGACUUUGUGUUCCCCUUUCCCAAAUACGGUUUCUGUUUGUCUGCGGACGAAAAGCACACGCUGAACAUGUAACCGGGUGAGUUGUGGGAUAUUUUCCGUGGCGAGAGGACGGCUAUGACGAUGCAGCUGCACGUCUGGGUCGCAUGAGCCAGGGCAGCAGUUCUGUCGGACCGGUCCGGUGUGUCCGGUGUGUUCGGACCUCCCUGACCUACGCCUGCUGUUAUCUGAGUGUUUCCUAAUAAAGCACAGAUAGCCCACUG